AUGGACCGACUGACCAUUUGUGCGCUUCUCAAAUCAACAGUCAUGUGUCCGGCAAACAGCGGCAAAGAGGUCUUUGCGACCUUGGCGGAUAAGGGCGGUUGGAACAACAUGGGCACUGUAGACCUUGUGUCGCAGGUGUCUGUGCUAUACUGUGAUCUCGAUAAGCUGGGCAUCGGGCACCCGACCACUUCCUAA